AUGCGCCAGGUUACACUGAGAGACCAUUUGAAGAAAGGAAAUGCGUUGUAUCUACCGGGCUUUACCGUUGAGAUAUUCCUUCCAUGCUUUGCCCUAAUCAUAUGGCUUAAAUGGUACGAACAGAUCUCUCCGCCAGCUCUUACGAUGUGCCGUGAGCCCAAUAUCCCUAAGCAACUUAUCAACAUAGAGAAUACUAUCGAAAGCACCUUUAAAGAUAUAUCUCAAGCUACACGAAAGCAAGCGGCAACUGGGAAAGGGUUUCGACUUUAUGUAAUUGGUUAUACUCAAUUUUUUAACGAUCAAGACCCCGGUUGCAAUACUGUGACCUUUUCAAGGACCGCAAAUCCAAAUCCUGAUAACAAGGAAUAUCCAAUGAUGACUACGGAUCUGCGUCAAGACUUCAAUUUGAUGAGUGUGACAUUGAAUUCUGCCAUUAAAGAGGCUGUACACCAGAACAGUGGAAGUAACGUCAAAUAUAUCGAUAUAGACGUCUUGUUAGGAGCAGGCCAUCGCUUUUGUGAACCAGGGGUCAAAAAACCAGACUUGGAUAAUCCCAAACUUUGGUUUUGGUACUAUCCUUACGAUUCAAAUGAAGAGAACGAAAUAUUGACGGAUCCAACCAUCAUUUACUUGAACGGUAUCUAG